CACAAAACAGUGGACAAAACCCAUGUGGUAGUUUAUGUGGUUUGCAAUAAGAAACCUCCCAGGAAAAAUAACAGGCCUACUGAUGACAUGAUAAGCAAAUUGUAAACAAAUGUUGCAUGUUACUGCAUGAGAAGUGUUGCCCGAAGUGAGAAAAAAGCCUGGAGUCUUGGUGAGUAGGUCUCAGUAUAUUUUCUGAUACUUAUAAAUACAAUUUCUUGAUAUAUCAUUAUUUCACUAAGUUUCAAUGUACAGUAACAUUUACAUUUACUGAUAACAACACGAUAGCAUUGCAACAAAUUUACAUAGUCUAUAGUACAGUUGUAUAGUUUCUGUAAUAUGUCAUUUUUUAAAUAAAUUUUAACCAUGUAUCAACUACUAGUCAACAUUUAGGGUUCCUUACUCAUUUUUAUUUAUAUCGUCACAUUUUAGGGUAAACUCAUAAAAACUGGAAUAACACAAAUGUAACAAAUGUUCACAUCUAUUCUGGGUUUUUAGCUGCUCUUUAUUUUAAUAUUCAGUCCAAGUCAGCAAUUUAGAAACAAUUUGAAAUAAAAAUUUGGUUUUGCAAUGAAAUAAAUUAAUAUGUUGCCACAAUAAAAUCUUUGUCUAGAAAACUAUGUUAGAUUAUUUUAAAACACAGCGUUGGCUCAAAAAGUCAUUUUUUGAACCAAUGCUGGGUAGAAAAAAACUAGCAUUUUUAAUUUUUAAACAUUCAAGGAUACAGUUUUAGAUCAAACAGUGUAAAGAUAAUUCGAGACAUUUCAGUCAAGUAACCUAAAACAUUUGACCUGUAGUGUACUUCAAAAUACUUCUUAUACUGUUAGACUUAAUGUUUACAAAUCUUGCAGAACUUUUCUUCUGUGUUAUAGGUGCUGUAAAUAAUUGAAAAAAAAAUUCCAAAGUGACGAACACUGCUGCAUGCAACAAUGUUUGAAGACACACCAGCAACAGUGUAUCUCUCCAUAUACAUCAUUACUUUCCUGAUCGGCUUCCCUGAUGCACUACUUGCAUUCUGCUGUUGCAUUCGCAAGAUCCGGAGUAAACCUAUCCCUAUUGACAUUUUCAUGUUGAACCUUGUGAUUUCGGACCUCAUCUUCCUCAUCUUCCUACCUCUGAAGAUGAAAGAGGCUGCAGAUAACAUGAUCUGGAAGAUGCCGUAUAUCCUGUGUCCCAUUCAUCUGUUCACUUUCUUCCUGCCAAUUUACAGCAGUUGCCUGUUUUUGGCAGGAAUUAGCGCUGAGCGUUACGUGUGCGUGGCUUUUCCAGUCAAAUACAGGAGUCCGAGGAGAAUUACUUUUACGAUACUAAUAAGUGUUGCCAUGUGGAUGUUGGUAAUAGGGAUUGCGGCAAUGUCUUACAAGGCCGUUUACAUUGAUUUCGAAGCAGAAAACAUCACAGAUCCUCAAAGUUGUCACAGUAACUUUAUCAACAGGCAACUCAAAGAUUUGCUUACAAUGCGACUGAUCGCUGCAGUGUUUUAUUUCUGCAUACCCCUCAUCAUUUGUUGCUUUUGUUACAUCAAUGCCAUUCGCAUUUUGUUAAAACUUCCUCUAAUCGGACGUCAUCGCAAGCUCCGGUCCAUCGGACUGGCUCUCGGGACGCUCCUCGUGUUUGCAAUUUGUUUUGCACCCUACAAUGUGUCACACAUAGUGGGCUACAUAAUGCAUGAGGAUCCAAAAUGGCGUCUGAAAGUUUUGAUGCUGACCACUUUAAAUACAUGUUUCGAUCUUAUUAUUUUUUACUGCAUCUCUUGGGAAAUGAGAAGGGCAUUUGUAGUCUGUGUAGAAAGCUUUUAUCAUUUUUAUGAUUGUUUAAAUCGAUUUUGUUGUUGUUGUCUUAAUGAAAGUGCACAAAGCAAUAAUGCACAGAUGUAAACACUCACACUCUAUACAUUUAAACACCAAGCCACAUGCUUGUUUUAACAUAAAAAAUAGUUGUCUUUAUGUGAAAUUGGAUGUAGGUGCACAAGAUGGCCUGUAAAGUUCUGGGAUGCCAUUGUCUGCAUACUUCUGGUUGUAUAGAAAAAGCUAUUUAUACCUCCUUUUGGGCAUACAAUUGCAUAUACUAAUGUAUAUAAGCAUGCUAAUGUGUUGAUUCAAGACAUCCAAGUCGCUUCAUUGUUUUUUUUAAACCAGGUUGGUUCCUAAUAUUCUUGCAAUAACAUUAC